AUGCUCGCCAUCAUGCAGCUACUGGCAGGCCAAAGAUGGCUGCAGCACAGUCAAGCAGUCGCUUGUUUGUGGCCCAUUCUCCCUUUCGCUGCGCUGACAGCGGCGGAGGCUUCCGUAUUGUACACGCAGCUUCCGUUCAUCAAGACGACCUUCUUUGCAGAGAGGCGAUUGGCUCAGGCCCAUGCAGCUGCUGGAGAAGCAAAGUCCACUUCACGGUGGAACAUCAACUGCGCCCGGACGCCAAAGCAGCUCCUGUGCAAGGUUGGAACAGCGGAUGCUGCCUACUGGGACGCUCUGCUAGAAGGACUAGCUGGCGUUCUGGCUGUGCCGUCGGCUCUUUCGCUCGGAAUUCUGAGCGACUCACAUGGCCGAAAGCCUUUCCUCCAGCUGAAGGCGCUGCUUAACGUUGCAAGCGCGCUGCUGCUGCUCUCCGCCACACAUGCAGGUUCAAGCCUGUGGCCCUUUCUAUGGGUGAAUUCCAUGGAUCACAGCAUCGAUGCUGCGGGCGUCGUGCUGGCGGUGCUUGCAGACCUCACCCAGGACCACAAAGCGGAGCGCUCCACGGCGCUUGGCAUGCUGGGUACCUUUGUUGCAGGAGUUGCUUGCCUUUGCCUGGUCGUGGCUUCCACUUUGCCCAGCAGUACUGCAGCCCAGGUUGUGUUGUUGAUAUCGACUUUGAAGCUCGGCCUCUUGCUGUUUCACAUGCCUGAGACGGGCCGGCGUGGAGCGGAAGAGAUGGAAGGCGUGUCGAUCCAGAUUCCCGACAUGCUCCAGGAGGGUGUGGGGAUUCUCCGGCGCCAUGCUGUGAUGCAGCGCUUGGCGAUCGUGCUCUGCCUCGCCAGCGCCGGGGUCACAGGCCGACAUAUCUUCCUCCAGUUCUACCUUGCCAGCAACUUGGGCGCAGACAAGGCUGACUUUGCCCUGCUGCUCCCAGCCUCCAUCCCUGGAAUGGUCAUCUCCUUUGUCUUCGUGUUGCCUCUGUUAGCAAAGGCAUCGGGUGAGCUAGCAGCCCUGAAGGCCGUGGACGACAUGUUACGGGGAGAGGAUUCCGCUGCUGCAUUUCAGUGCUCUGAGUUCCAUGAUGGGAGGUAUCUCUUCCAAUCUCGGGCUUGCUCACGCUGUGCACGCUCGCCUCCAAUUCCUUCUGGCAGGUGCUGCUCGCCUAUGCAGUCUUGGGCGGACCGGCGCUGA